UGUGCCGCCUCCUUCCGCCGCCGCAGCCGUGCCUUUUUAGUGCAGAUCCCAUUCUACUGUAAUUCGACCUGCCUUCCAUCCCGACUUGAAUACCCGUCCGUCACCACCAUUGUCACUUGUUGUCGCCCUGCCUCUACCGUUGCUGCGAUGGGCCUUUUCUCCAUUCUCCCCGCCGACUACCUUUUUGUAGAAACUUGGGUGGGACGAACUUUUCUCCUUUUUGGCGCCUUCCUACUUGGCCCAUGGGUUGUCCUUUUGGUAUACGACCUCUUUCUCUAUAUCUUCCGCUCCGCUACAUAUGAAAUCCCCGUCGUUGGCGGCCGCGCUCGCGGGAAAGCCAGACCUCGCGCUCCUAGUCUGACCGCGCGACCCGAUGGCCACCGCCGUAGAUUCAGCCUCGCCCCUCGUCUUGCUCCUCCUCCUCCACCUACCCACACCGGCAGCGAUGCGAAAACAAAUUGGUCGGAUCCACGCUAUAGGAAUGUUCAGGAGGAGCCCGAUGACGAGGCUACGUGGGACAACUCCACUAUCGAGUGAGGUGUACUCUUUGUUUGACCCAAGGCUGUACAACCUAUACAACUGGGUGGAGUGCGCUUGUGGACAUCUGCUGCAAGUGACAGCAAUCCGGGCUUUCCGCUGCGUGGCAGGCGCCAAGUAUCACGAUGCUCAUUUGGCAAACUCUGCCGUUGGGAAUGAUUAUACACAACACACAAUAACAAUUGCACGAUGCUAUUGCUGCUUUGAAUAUCGUUUGGGGGAUUAUGACGUUUCGACGCCAGCACAGCUCCAGGCAUUACGUAGGGCAUAUCCAAUUAACCAAAAACAUCAUAGAAAACAUAUAUCCAUUAGCUUGACUUGUCCAAAUGUUAAAACCUCAAACAUCGCUA